AUGAAAGCAAUUAUCAGUGAGCGUUAUUGUGUGAUUGAAGGGUGGAUCGUCGAUCAGGUUGACCGUAUUAUCGUUCCAAAGUCGAAGAUUGUGAAAAAUCUGGUUCCAAAGAAGCUUGAACUUCUCAACAGACAGUUUUUAAUAGACUUUAAGAAUGUCGAUCUCUCCCAGAGUGUAAUUUACGAAUAUACUUCGCAAGAAUUACAUGAUUUGAUAGAUAAAGAGUUCUAUGAAUUUUCCGAAUUGCUAGAUGGUAGGAUAAUUAACAAAGACGGAAGGAUAUACCAGAGAAGUAAAACAAAAAUUAAGAGGACCUUCACUAAAAGAUGUCAUCGUGUCUCUAUACAUGGUAGACAAUACGUCUACUUGUUGAAAUCACAAGCCAAUCUUGCUCAUAUUCCAAAUAUGGCCGAAGUACUUACCAAUGCGGAUAAUGCAAAAGAUAACCAUGUUCUCUCAAUGCUCGUCAGGACAGCCGCGUCGAACUUUACACCAGAACAAUAUAAAUUAAUUCAAGAUUUUAACUCUGAAAUUAUGGUACCUUUUUGUGUCGAACUUCUGAAGAAAGAGUACAACAGAGCCAUCGAAAGUGAUGAACCUUUCUUAGACACAGAUAUGGAUGUGAGUACCAAAGCUUUUAUCGAGAACAUAGAUAAUACAACAUUUGACGAAUAUGGAAAUUAUUUGGCACCUGCAUUGUAUUUUUUUCUCAAUAGAGGGAAUCCUUCAAUAUUCCUUUCUGACGAUUUCGUAUCACCCAAAAAACGGAAAUAUGAUGAACCUUGA